CUCACUAAAAUUUCAAUCCAAUUAACUAAUUGCAUUAAUGUUUUUGUUUUUAUAACGGCACAACAUCAUAACAGUGAAAAUUUUUCAAAAUAUUUUUGUAGUUCAGUUUGCAUGCAGACGUUGGCUUUGAAACGGCAGUAGCGGGCAUAUACUUAACGGUUGUUGACGAGUGUUCAGUGCAUACACAUUGCUUUGUACAAAGUAUAUUUAAAAUAUACAUAAUACAAAUAAAUAAUAGAAGUUAAAAACAUAUUGGUUGCCUUAAAAACGAUAAAAAGUAAAAACUCCCUCCGCCAAAAUGCCAAAAAUCGAUCCGGAAACACAAAAAUUGCAUGAUGAGAUAAAUGGAAUGAUUCAAAAAUUCAAGGAUGACCAAAAAGCCAAAGCCGACUGUACAUUGCAGGAAAAAUGCGGCGAUAUGGGUGACGUGCCCAAACUGCGUCUCGCCUCGAAAAAGAUUUUAAAGGGCCACAUAAACAAAGUCAACUCUGUGCACUUUGCUGGUGAUUCAAGGCAUUGCGUUACUGGCUCACUGGAUGGCAAACUCAUCAUUUGGGACACAUGGACGGCCAACAAAGUGCAGGUUAUACCGUUGCGUUCGGCUUGGGUUAUGACAGUUGCUUUCUCACCAUCGGGCAACUUCGUAGCCUGUGGUGGUAUGGAUAAUCAAUGCACGAUUUACGACGUUAAUAAUCGCGAUGCUUCGGGCGUGGCCAAGAUGACUCGAGAACUUUUGGGCUAUGAAGGCUUUCUAAGUUCGUGUCGUUUUCUAGACGAUGGACAUCUAAUUACUGGCUCGGGUGACAUGAAAAUUUGCCACUGGGAUCUGGAAAAAGGCGUGAAAACAAUGGAUUUCAAUGGGCAUGCUGGUGAUAUUGCUGGCUUAAGUCUUUCGCCUGACAUGAACACGUACAUAACAGGCUCAGUGGACAAGACAGCCAAACUGUGGGAUGUGCGCGAGGAUUCAUACAAACAAAUGUUCUUCGGGCAUGAAAUGGAUGUCAAUUCCGUAUGCUACCAUCCCAGUGGUCAGGGUUUCGCUUCUUGUUCAGAGGAUCAGACAGCGCGCCUAUACGAUAUUCGUUCAGACCAGCAAAUUGCCUUAUAUGAGCCGCCGCAGAAAAAUACAGGCUUCACUUCUUGUGCGCUAUCCACCAGUGGCCGCUAUCUUAUGUGCUCAGGUAUUGAGGGCAACAUUCACGCUUGGGAUACCGUUAAAGUCACACAUAAUGCCAUGUUGCAAGGCCACGAAAAUCGCAUUACAUGCAUUGGUCUCUCGCCGAAUGGUAUGUGCUUGGCCUCUACUAGCUGGGAUCAACAAGUGCGCCUUUGGUUGUAAACUCAGUCUUUUAGCGAAAUUUAUACUCAAGCGGAAUAUGUUCAUAAUAAGCAGGCGUGUGCAAAUUUUUAAAAUAAAAUAAUUAUGUAAAUGCUCAGUUAAUAACUAAAGUUUAAAAUACAUAAAUACGCUACAAAACGCGCUUUUAUCAUGCUACAUA